ACCGAAAGUUAAAUGAUAACAAUUAUAUACUCAACCUUUAAUUGUUAGAUAUUGAAACUAGUGUUGAUAUUUUUGUUUUCAUCAUUAGUUGAUUGCAUUUGAUUUCCUCUUGUUGUUGUUUAUUUAUUAAAUUGUUGUAAAUAGAGCAAUUAAAUUAUCCUUACCUUUAAUCUUGUUACCUGUUGAUUGUUUUUCCAUUUGAUUCCAAUUGAAUAAUGAUCAAAGAUCGUCUUAAUCAAUUACAAAAUGUCGUCUCUAGAUUUCGUAUUGAAUUAUAUUGUUUCCUUUAUUUUCUUGCAACCAACAUGAUUAACCUUCCAUUGAGACAAUUAAUCUUUGAUAAAAUAUGUUUAAACAAUUAUCGGCUUGCUGUUGAUUCUUGUGAUUCUCUUGGUAAUUUAUAUGGCCAAUCUAAGGUUAAUCAUGAAAUUCAAUCAACUUUAACACAAUUAACUCUUUAUCAACAUUCACUUUCAACUUUACCUUCAAUCAUUUUAACCUUUCUCUUGGGCCAUUGGAUUGAUACAAGAUUGGACCAUUUAAGAUACAUUUUAGCCUUACCUUGUAUUGGUGGAGCCAUUUUAAACAUCUUUCUAACAGUACAAUGUAUCAACUUUAAUGCAGAGCCUAUUGAUACAAUUUAUCCUUUUCUAUUUACUGGGAUUUCUGGAGGUGAAACAUUGGCGAUCACUGGAGCUUAUGCUUUUAUUUGUAAAACUACACAAUCUAAACAACGACCCAUUCGGUUCAUUAUAUUGGAAGCGGUUUCCUCUUUAGCAAUUCCUGCGGCUAAUUUUCUAAGUGGUAAACUAUUGUCUCAAACUCCAUGGAUCUAUGGUCAAUAUCGUAACUAUAUUGGUGUAUUUUUAGUCAGUGGCAGUAUUUUAACAUUCACGGAAUUUUGGAUUCUCAUUACACUUUUAACUGGACGAUCAAAUUCACGUUCCUCUUAUAAUGGGCAAUCGUCAAGUCGACAGUCUCGUGCAAUGUCACAGGUAUCGGCUUAUAGUUACUACAAGUCUCUACAAGAUCCCAAUGCCCGACGAGUAACGGCUUUUUCACUUCAAGUUCCUGGUCCAAGUAACCGUCGAGGAUCAUCAAUAAGCCAUUUAACCGGUGGGGCAAGACGAACUUCAGUUGCUACCCUUCUAAUGGGAUUCAGUAUGAUGAAUAAAUCACCGAAUGGUCAACAAUAUGGUAACAGUAUGGGAACACUUUCGGAAGAUGGUUUAGAUACUCGAAGAACUUCAGCCGUAAUCAGUCCCAAUGGUAAAAGGAACAGCACUUCAUCAACUGAUUUCACCUUUGGCCAAGUGAUUAACUAUAGAAAUGCAAUUAUGGCCUGUAAAUCGUUCAUUCGGCCGCGAGUUAAUUAUGGGCGACCUCAGAUGAUUUGUUUAACAAUCUCAAUGAUAUUCACGUUUUUUACCAUCAAUAGCAGCUCAGUGAUUGAUGAAAGUUACACCAAUCAAUUGUUCAACUGGACACAAUUACAGUUACACCAAAUUAGCGAUGUAAAAUCUAUUGUAAUCUCACUGACCAGUGUCUUAAUUAUGAUAAUAAUGGUUCAUUUACUUUCACUUCGUGACAUAACCAUUACAGCAAUUGGAUUGGUUUCGAUACUUUUAUCUUUACUGUUGAAAGGAUUAAUUUUCCAUCCAAUUGUUUACUAUUUAAGCUCAACGAUUGAGAUUCUUUUUGGCCUAACAUUGGCUGGUUUCCGUUCUAUGGUCACUUCAAUUGUCUACAGUUAUGAAAUUUCCAAAAUUUUCACAAUAAUCGCUUCAUUUAUGACAAUAACUCGUCCAUUGGUCAUUCUAAUCUUCUCCAAAUUAGCCUCAUCAACUUUACAAUCGAAAGCUAAUCAUUUAUUUCUCUAUUGUUGUUCACUUUUAAUUCCACCCGUGGUAACCAUUUUCACUAUUUAUUUAAUUGAAAAGAAAAACACUAAUCAAAAAUCCCAAACAAGGAAAUCGCUUUGUACAGUUCAAGUAACUCCGUCACCUCUUCCUAGUCCAUCAACUAACGUGUUUGAAUUAUCAAUUACAAAGGAAAAUGUCAGAAGAAAAUCAAGUCGAUUUUGAAACAAUCAAUCAAAUUGUAAGAUGAACGAACUGUGGUGAAAUCGAUUAAUCAACACAACCGGAUGAUGAUUGAAUUUAAUCACACUGAAAAUCAGCUAAAUGACUACUAACUACUUAUCUAAUUAAAUCUAUCCAAUAUAAUCAGAUUGCAUUUACCUCACAUAUCGAAUCUGAUUGAAUCAAUUGAUUGUGAUUUUUUUUGCUCCAUCACAUUGACUUGAAAAGGAAAAAAAAGAGGAGUUACAAUCAAGAUAAAUCACUUCAUUAUUGUUCUAAUUCUAAUUAAUAUUGAUAAUUAACUUUAAGUUAUCAUUAAAAAAAAGACAAAGUUGAA